UAAUUUUAAUUUCACCUUCUGAAUUGGAACUUAAUCAAGAACAGGAUAUUACUAUUCUAAAAACUGUAUUAAUCAUGAAGAAAUCUAUUAAUAAAAGAAUAAGAUAUGGAAAAUUAUGGGGAAUAGCACGCGAAGCUACAUUAUUUGCAUUGGAUUUUGACGAUCAUGAGAUGAAAUAUUUAUUACAAGAUUAUAUCAAUCGAAAAAAAGGGCAAAGUGAAUCAAUUUCAAUAAAUACUCAAACAGAAAUAUCUACAUUACCAUCUAUUGAAGAGCAUAAAGAACCAAUACUUUUUACUAAUAAAACGGAACAAAUGGAUAUUAAUGAUAAUACUGAAUCAAUUACUAAAAAACUUGAACUUCAAAACAUUCAAAAUCCACUUAAAACAAAGACCAAAGGACGUCCUCCAACAAAAAGGUAUAAAAGUAGUGUAGAAAUUGAACAAGGAAAUAGUAGAAAUACAAAAA